CAUGAACAAAACACAAACGUCUCGACAAACUGGAUGUUUUCUAGGCGGUCCGCGCUCAGUGUAAACAAAAACAGCAAGUGCGUGUGACCCGAGUAUUUCACUGUUCACAGUUCCUGAGAAGUAAGCCGACGUUUUUACACUCGUCAGUAGCCAUGGCCGAUACUGCUCCUCCAGCAAAGUCCCCAGCCAAGAAGAAGGCCGCAAAGCCUAAGGUACCUGCUGCACAUCCCAAGUACAUCGACAUGAUUAGCGCUGCUGUUGCAUCUCUGAAAGAACGUGGUGGCUCAUCUCGACAGGCCAUUCUCAAGUACAUCAUGGCCAACUACAAAGUGGGCAACGAUGUUAACUCUAUCAACGCCCACCUGAAAAUGGCCCUGAAGAGCGGAGUUAAGAAAGGUGCUCUGAAGCAAGCAAAGGGCACAGGCGCUAGUGGCUCCUUCAAACUUGGAGACAAACCCAAGACCGAUAAGAAGCCUAGAGCCAAAAAGGUAGCAAAACCCAAGGCAGCCAAGCCCAAGAAGGCCGCCGCCAAGCCCAAGAAGCCUGCGGGAGAGAAGAAGGCCAAGACUCCAAAGAAGAAGGCAGCAGCCAAGAAACCAGCCGGACCCAAGAAAGCCAAGUCCCCCAAGAAAAAGGCAGCCACCAAGUCUCCAAAGAAGGCAGCAGCCAAACCCAAGAAGGCCAAGACCCCCAAGAAGGCAGCGGCCAAGAAAACAAAGACUCCCAAGAAAGCAGCCGCCAAGAAAUAAGCAGUCUUCGCAUUCCAGGCAGACUGUCUACGCUUAAAAAAAAAUUUAAAAAAGCCCUUUUCAGGGCUACCCACAUUUUUAGAAAAGAUGCCUUUAGAACAUUCGUUAACGAAACAUUUGCAUAAUCAUGCUUUUCUUUUCCCCGUUUAUUUGGAAUGCAGAGGUCUGUGUUGAAAAAUCUAAACUUAUCAAACAUCUGAAAUAUUACAAUUUCAAUAACAAUAUAUCUUACAAAUGCCUACACUGUCUAGUAGGCAUAAGCUAGGAUUAUGUGCUCAUGGUAAUAAUUGUAUUGUAGCAGAAAUUGGAAAUGAAUAUCAAAAAAUG